CGCAGCAGUACUGUUCGCCUCUGAGUUUAUAGUCGUCGGCGGGCUCCAUCAUGGCGGUUGUUUAUCGUAAAUUUUCCGUCAAAACUUUUGACGAAUGGGAUAUGAGAGGAAAACUUGAAGCGAUUGCUUCUGUGGAUUCAGCCCUGGUUUCCAAGGAUCCAAACUUUUCUGCAGGAUUUAAUGCAGAUCUGAACCAGGUCUUGUAUGAGAUUGUGUGGGCUGUAGUGCGAGGUCACAUCACAAAAUGGGAUGCCAAACCUAUCUUCACUCAUGCCAUGGCCCUGCAUCCAGACAUGUGCUCACAAGUAGUGGAGGUGUUGGCUAUGGUUGAGCUUGAGACCACCACACAUGAGACUUUUGCCAGGAUGAGGGAAAACCUCAUUGGGCUUAUGCAGGCCCUUGGUCUUGAGCGUAUGUACCGUGAGAGACUCGAGCUAGAAACCUUGUCUGAUGUGGGCAUUGUGAAGAACAAAAAAUUAUUCCACACAAAACAGAUCAAAGUCCGAACAAAGAUGUUUUACAAACAGCAGAAAUUCAACCUUCUACGCGAAGAAUGCGAGGGCUAUGCAAAACUUAUAACAGAAUUGAAUCAAAGCCUGCAACCAAACAUCACUCCACAGACAAUGAUCACAGUCAUACGCAGCCUCAUUGGGUGCUUCAACCUGGACCCUAAUCGCGUACUUGACCUGAUCUUGGAAGCUAUGGAAUGUCGCCCAAUUGAGCACAAUUUCUACACAAGUUUGUUGAAGCUUUUCCCGUGUCAGUCGGCGACCCUGACUGAACUUUUCCGCUUCCGCAUGAGUGCGUGCACCACACUUGCCAUGCAGAAGCCUGUCUUCACAAGCAUGGCGCUCUUGGUGCAGGCUGGAGUCCUGUCACUGGACGAGAUCUAUGCAUGGUUGACCCCAGAGGACAGCAAAAUGCUGGAGGACAGCCGGCAGGCUGAAGAGUCCGCUCAAGAGUAUGCACGCAAAGCCAAUGUCAUCUCAACCAAAGACAAAGAUAAAGACAAGAAAGAAGAGAAGGAAGAAGUCAAAGAACGUGAACCAUUCCAUGAUAACAAACCAAACAGUAAUCUCAAGAUUCCUUUCUGCGUUGCACUGCUUGAGAUCGGUGACUGGCAGCAUUAUGAAGAGAUCGCAUCACGGUAUCCAGACUACUACCUGGCCUCCUUCCCUACCAUCAGCAACGCUCUCGCUCGUCUCUGCCACGUCUCCAUAGACCCUUGCUACCGCAGUGUUUACAUGUUACCGUCUCGUGCUGGAGGGCGCCCAAUCCCCCCUCUGCACAACCCGUACGCUCUACCAACCUGCCACACUGCGGACGAUGUGGCCCACAUCCUCAUGCCCAUAGUGUGCUCCUUUGGUCCUCAUAUUGCCCGCCACCCAUCGCUGAUGGUCAAACUUCUCAGGGUCGCUCGGGUUGUCCUGGCAAAAGCGGAGGAGAGCGGGAGUGGAAAGGAGCACGACGUGUUCUACUACGAGUUCCUAUCAGCGCUGGACGAAGCCUUGCUGCCUGGCCUCUCUGUGCUCUCCUGCAACCCCUGCAUUGCUGAGGAAAUCUGGGAGACAAUCAAGUUCUAUCCCUAUGAGUACAGAUUCAAACUGUAUGGCAAGUGGAAGAAUGAGACUAUGUCGGCUCAUCCCGUGCUGGUGCGAAUACGAACGGAUUUGUUGAAGAAGGCAAAAUAUGUUAUGAUGCGUGUAACAAAAGAAACUAUUAAGCCCAUCAGUCGCAGCAUCGCCAAACUAACCCACAACUGCCCCGCCACAAUACUCGACUACGUCGUGAAGCAAAUCCAGUUGUACGACAACUUGAUCUCCCCGGUGGUUGACAGCCUGAAGUACCUGACGUCCUUAUCCUUCGAUGUUCUGGCUUUCUGCAUCGUCGAGACUCUUACUACCAAUAAAGAAAGGCUAAUCAAUGCAGGCAUGGCCGUUUCUCCAUGGCUGAACUCUCUGUCUACCUUCUGUGGGGCGGUCUACAAGAAAUACCCCAUCGAACUGUGUGGGGUUCUCCAGUUCAUUGCCAACCAACUCAAGGCCGAGCGCUCCGUUGAUCUUCUUAUACUGCAAGAAAUCCUCCAGAAAAUGGGUGGCACUGACACCUCUGAGGGGCUCACCAGCGAACAGAUCGAAGCAAUGAGCGGUGGAGAAGUGCUAAGGCGUGAAGCGGGCACCUACCAACAGGAGCGCAACACGAAGAGGUCGUCACAACGACUGAAGGAAGUCUUGCUCCAGAACAAUCUUGCCAUUCCUCUUCUGCUGCUCAUAGCGCAGCAGCGGUCAUGCAUAGUGUACAACCAAACCGAGUCACCGCACCUUAAGCUCGUCGGAAAACUCUAUGAUCAGUGCCAGGAGACGUUGGCGCAGUUCGGAGCGUAUUUGUUCCAAGUGAUCAGCCUGGAGGAGGUGUCAGAGAGGCUGCCCAGCAUCGGCUCCCUCCUGUCAGAGUGUCACAUCAACUCUGACGUGGCUUUCUUCCUUGCUCGACCCACUGUGUCUGCUAAGAUACUUGCUCGGUUUGAUGAGCUGCGCCGCAGUAACCGCUCAGAUGACCGCAAGCAGCUCUACAUUGAUGCCUCAACUGAAGUCCUCACGCCUCUGGCAGAGGAGAUACGUCCUCAUUUCCCCAGCAAGCUGUGGGAGGAGAUGCACCCGUCGUUCUUCGUAACAUUCUGGACACUAAAUUUGUCUGACUUGGAAGUGCCUACCGGGAGCUACAAGCGGGAGGUGGCUCGCUUCAAUGACAACAUCACACAACUGCAGAAAGUGCCCAAGGACGAGCCUGCAGCACUGGCUACCAAACGCAAGAAGGAGCUGGAACGCAUCAUGUCUCUCAGGGACAAACUUCUGGAGGAAGAAAACCGGCAGCAGGAGCACGUGGACAGAGUCAUUGGCCGCCUCACCCAGGAAAAAGAACGUUGGUUCACGCAGCGGGUUGCGUGCCUGCCUAAGAACGACACAGUGACGGCCUUCUUGCAGCUCUGCCUUUUCCCGCGCUGCACCUUCACUACACUCGAUGCUCUCUAUUGUGCACGGUUUGUGAAGAUGAUGCACGAACUGAAAACGCCGAAUUUCUCAACUCUCAUCUUCUGUGAUAGAAUGUUCUGCGACAUCACAUACACGGUGGCAUCAUGCACCGAGCAAGAAGCGCACCGCUACGGCCAGUUUUUGCACGGCACCCUUCAGAUGGUCAUGCACUGGCACUCUUCUUCUGACAACUACGAACGAGAGUGCGCCAAGUUCCCAGGCUUUGUCACAAGGUUCAGGGUCUCCAAGAUGGAGUCCAAUGAUUAUGUUGACUACGAGAACUAUCGACAUGUGGUUCACAAAUGGCACUUCAAAAUCACAAAAGCCCUGGUGACUUGCCUUGAAAGUGGCGACUACAUCCAGAUCCGCAACGCAAUCUUAGUGCUGCAGAGCAUCCUGACUUGCUUCCCUGCCAUCGUAAACCUUGCCAACGUCAUUGAUAAGCGUAUAGAAAAGGUGAAGAAAGACGAGAAAAACAACCGCAACGAUCUCUACGUGCUGGCUAAUAGCUACUCAGGCCGUCUGAGGGCCAAGAAGUCCAAGCUCUUGCAAGAGAAAGACUUCCAUCAGGUGCGCAAGCCGGACGAGAAGCGACCUCCUCAGCAGGGCGGUGAACCUGCCACCAACGGCGUCGACCCUAAGGGAUCGGAAGAGGACAAGAAAGUCGACCACAACAGCUCCACCAACGACAGCAGCAAGUUGGACAACAAUACCAAUGACCAGAACGAUGCUGAUUCUCGACGAAAAGACGCCAAAAGAAAUAAGACUGAUGCUGACGAUGACGAUGUGAAGGAAGUGGGCCCUGACAGCGACGAGUCAACCAACGACAGCGACUCCCUGCGCAAAAGCAAGAGGCAGAAGACGGAUGGUUCUGGGAAGAAUAAUGAUGAUCCCCACGCCCGCGUCAAACAACCUCAAGACGACUCGCCCAACAAAAGGAAGAAGGAGCGCAAAAGGGAACGGUCGGUGGACGAGGCUGUGGACGGAGACCCGAAGCGACAACGCGGUGACAGGCGCAGCAAUGGUCGUCCCAUUGAGCAGGUUGAUGCUGAAGUCGUCGAGCUGGAUCGUGAUGACAAGAAACGAAGCUCGCGUCGCCGUAAAGAAACUUAGACGUGCGUCCCGCAUACGUCAACUAACUGGAUUGCUGCGUUGGCUCUGUUGCUUGUAU